GCCGGAGGCUCCCCGCUUCAGUUUGUAAAACAAAACCGCUCAGCCCCGCCGUGUGUCCACAAGCACAUGCGGCUCACGUCUCUAUUCAACCGGGUUUGAUGCUCUGUCCCAGCUAGCGCCAUCGAAUGAUGGACACCGCUGCAGUGGUGGAUGCUCCUAUGGGCCGAAUCAUGCGCUGUAAAAUGCGAAAAUGGCUCCGUCAUACGCUACCGGGACGUAGUAAAAUGCCUGCCCGUUGCUUCCUCGCAGCCGAGCGAGGCCGGACAAAGAGAUGGAUCAGCCGCUUUCUAGCAGCAAGUUACCUCGGCCGUGGGGUCCUAACUCCAACGCUACCAGGUAUAUUCCCUCGGGUUCUCGCUCACUUCCAGCCCUGGUCUAGGUACCUACCUAUCCAAAUCUAUCCAAAUCGAAGGCGAACCAGACUACAUCGCCUGGAGCACCACCCUCGGUUGUCGUUCUUUGAGACAGAAGACGCGAACUGCCAACACAAAUGGCUCCCAUCAAACCGCAUUGGACCCGCCCGUCGCACCCAGAUGUCCAGGAGGUCAUCUUUGCCGACGAGGCCGAGUUCACCACCAAGAGCAUCUCCAAGAUUGCUCUCCCUCCGUUUGGCCUGUUCGCCAAACUGGAAUGUCCGCCUUGCACCCUCGCCGCCGAGCCGACGUAUGCGACGGUCCAGAUCGGCCGUGACAGGCACCUGGACCUCAACAGCGACUUGCUCUAUAUUAACCACUCGUGCGAGCCGUCUCUUAUCUUCGACACGGCCAGUAUGAACAUCAUUGCCGGCCCGAAAGGGCUCCGGCCCGGCGAGGAGCUGACGUUCUUCUACCCCUCCACCGAGUGGGACAUGGCGCAGCCCUUUGACUGCCUCUGCGGCGCUCCCACCUGCCGCGGACGCAUCAGCGGUGCUCGGGACAUGGCCCGCCAGCAGCUUGACGGUCUGUGGUUGAACGGGCACAUUCGCCAGCUGCUCGAGGAGCGCGAGGCGCAGGAGCAGGAGCAGGAGCAGAGCGGCGCUGCCGCGGAGGCGACCAAGGCGUCUGAAAAUGGCGGCGCGGUCUGCAGCUUCCAGAACAGCACCGAUGCUGCGGUUGGCGUUGAGGUGAGUGACCAGACCGCGCAGGCCCUGCGCGACGCCCUCGCCCACGCCGAGAAGAUGGUUGAGGCGGCCCGCUUUGCCCUGGCCUCGUACGUCGGGGUUCUGCAGCAGCGCAUGCAGCUGGGUGGUCUCGGCAAGGUCAACAACGGAAAUGGGCGUUUUGAUGCCGCGGCUUCCGCUGCCGCCGAGGUUGCUGCGGGUUCGCAGCGUCGAGGCCCAACGUCACGCGAGUUGAGCGGCGAGAUGGGCGGCGAUACGUCAGUGCAGGUCUAGGCUUCGCUGUAUGUCAAGACAAUGGUCGUUGCGCUACCUCGGUAGCCACCACCAACCUUGUCCUGCGUAUAGCGGAGAGAAUAUCUCGUAUUUGGCUUGUUUUACAAUGCAAUAUGAUCGAUGC